AUGCCUCGUUCCAUAUUCAAAAAUAGCGUCAUUGCCAUAGCGGGUCCAUUACCGGGCAGCCUCACGGCCGACAACAUCGAGCGAUGGACCAGCUUGCGGCGCGGCCGCUUCACAAAUGACUUUGACGAAACGGUGACGCAUCUUCUUUGUACGAUGGAGCAAUUCGACAAAAGAGUCCCCCUCGUCAGAGACGCCCUCAAGCGCGGCAAGCGCUUCCACAUCGUUCAUUCUGACUGGUUCGAAUUCUCUGUCGUCCAGGAGAAGAAGCUGCCCGAGAACGAAUACUCGAUGAAGCGGAUGCUGGCGAAGCAGAAUGCUACCGAGCGCGAGAAGGCACGCCUCGAGAGAGGCAGGAGGCACGGCGACAAGUUCGUCAACACCAAUCUGUACCAUACAUACGUCGACAGAGCGCACUUUUCGUACCAGGUCGACCUCUACCGUCAUGAUGAGGCCACAGGGGAUACGGAGCGCUAUACGCUCAGUCUGUGGGAGUCCAACGCGAAGCCACAUCUGUACUGGUUCACGGCCAAGUACCUUAGGCGCAAAGGUGACAGCCAGCCGAGCUACCACCGCGAAAGUCGCUGGCCGGGCAAGUGGCGCGAGGAGAUGGGCCGCUUUAUGCGCUUCUUCCAGAUUAAGACGAAGCUGGAGUGGGAGGACCGGGUCCUGGGGGAGAAGACGAUGCCGGCUGCGUUUCAGUAUUCACCACCAACGGGUGGGAAGCCGGUGGGACGUCGACUGAGGUUUGCGUAUGAGGUCUGUCUCGAGAUGAACGCAAGGGCGAGAGGCUUGAGCUGGCCACUAGUCGCGAAGGAGGUGGCCGACGACCCCCCCGAAGCGACUGAAGAUGCGACGAGGCAAUCGAUUGCGGCGGCACAGGAUACGGUGCAGACAGUGUCAUAG